AUGGGGUGCGGGGCUUCUAAGCCUGUGGAAGGGCAGCGACCAGUGCCGGAGCCUAAGAAGGGCUGGGAGGAAGGGAGCAAGGUUGAUAUUGGUGAAUCUCACAUAUCGGUCGAUGCUGAGCCUUGGAAUGGAUCAGCAAGGCCUAGAAGCACUACAGAUAGUGGAGUGGGACUGGAAGAACGGGUCUUGAUGGAAAGCUUACCUGGAACCAUUCCAGAAAAUUCACUUUCUCUUGAUGAAAGAAAUGAAGAAGUAAAUACAGAACCAGUAAUCAGUGGAUUAAUCAAUACAUCCCAGCAUCUUCAGAGUCAAGAGAGGUUGAAGUCAUCAGAUAUCUUGGAGGAACUUAUCAUUCAAGGAAUAAUACAAAGUCAAAGUAAAGUAUUUAGAAAUGGAGAAUCAUAUAAUGUCAUGAUGAACAUGGAUGAAAAACCUCUCAGGAAGCCACCUGCCAGACUAGAAAAACUUAAGACCAAAAGGGAAACAAAUGGUUUCACAAUAAAAAAUAUAGAAGAGAAGAUGAAGGCAGCAGAUGAAAGGAGGAAGGUUAAAGGUGAAGAAAUGAAAAAAAGGCUGAGAAGUGACAGGCCUCUGCCACCGAUUGUCCGUUCGAGCACAGCAGUGCUGAGUGAAGAUGACACUCCAUUUACCAAAGGAUUUAAAAGUACAGACUAUAGAGUGUUUCAGACUUCUACCAUGGAAACAGGAAGGCAAGCAAAAAGGAAAAAAAGUAUUGGGAAAGGCAAUAUGGUCUCAAGUGAAAUAAAUCAAACCUACGAAGGCUUUGGGCUUGUGGAAUCCGACGCACACUACAACACUUCUGAUGAUGCAUUCUGACACA